GCUGCUGGAGCCUCCGGCAGCUGUAGCUAGGAGACACACGCACGCAGGCGCGCGCGUGUGCCCACAGACACGCGCACAGGCAGACAGGAUCGGCAGGGUUGUCUUUCUUGGGGUCUUGUUUGCUUCAGAGGAGCACUGAUGAGUAAGCCUCGUCUUCCUCCUCGGAGAAUGCUUUGUGUGUGAUGCGUCGGCUGCGCUGCACGAGCCAGGAGUCAGUUUUAGGUGCUGGGGGCGUGGCCUCUUUGGAGCUGAAAAUGGACCAAUCGGUGAUCAUCAAACCCGUUCACUCGUCGCUUCUGGGCCAGGACUACUGCUUUGAGGUGACAACCUCUACGGGGACCAAGUGCUUCUCGUGCCGCUCGGCGGCUGAGCGAGACAAGUGGAUGGAGAACCUGCGCCGAGCCGUGCAGCCCAACAAAGACAACAGCCGACGCGUCGAGAACCUUCUGACGCUGUGGGUCAUCGAAGCCAAGGACUUACCCGCCAAGAAGAGGUACUUCUGUGAACUUUGUCUGGACGACAGCCUGUACGCACGAACGUCCUGCAAGAUGAAGACAGACAACAUAUUUUGGGGCGAGCGCUUCGACUUCAGCAGUCUGCCGUGCGUCAGCGCCAUGACGCUGCAUAUCUACAAAGACACGGACAGGAAACGCAAAAAGGACAAGAGUAGCUACGUGGGCCUGGUCAACAUCCCCAUCAUCACGGUAACGGGCAGACAGCUGGUGGAGAAGUGGUACACAGUGAGCAUGCCCAGCACCAUCAGAGGGAAGUCGAGCGUGCCGACGGUGCGCGUGAAGGCGCGCUACCAGAGUGUGGUGAUCCUGCCCAUGGAGCAGUACAAAGAAUUCGCAGAGUUCAUCAGUGCCAACUACCUGCUGCUGUGCAACACGCUGGAAGGAUCCAUCGGCCUGCGAGCCAAAGAGGAAGUGGCAGCAGCGCUGGUUCACAUCUUACACAGCACCGGCAAGGCCAAGGACUUCUUGACGGACUUGAUGAUGUCAGAGGUGGACCGUUACCGUGACAAUGAUCAGCUGAUCUUCAGAGAAAACACCCUGGCGACGAAAAGCAUUGAGGAGUACUUGAAGCUGGUUGGACAGAAGUACCUGCAGGAUGCGCUGGGUACGCCGCACACAACAACAAACUAUAAAACACUACACAAUGUACUACAUAAGACUGGGUGUGUAAGUGUGUUUGCGUGUGUGUGUUCAGGCGAGUUCAUCAAGGCUCUGUAUGAGUCGGAUGAGAACUGUGAGGUGGAUGCGUCUCGCUGUGCCAACUCUGACCUCGCAGAGCAUCAGGCCAACCUCAGAAUGUGCUGUGAACUCGCUUUCUGCAAGAUACUAGACUCCUACAGGGUGUUUCCUCGGGAGCUGAAGGAGGUUUUUGCCUCGUGGCGUCAGGAGUGCGGCAACCGCGGGAGGCCGGACAUUAGCGAGCGUCUGAUCAGCGCGUCGCUCUUCCUGCGCUUCCUGUGUCCGGCGGUGAUGUCGCCAUCGCUCUUCGAUUUGACUCAAGGAUACCCGGACGAACGCACGGCUCGCACGCUAACGCUGAUCGCUAAAGUUAUCCAGACCCUGGCCAACUUCAGCAAGUUCGGCACCAAAGAAGAGUACAUGCUCUUCAUGAACGAUUUUGUGGAGCGCCAGUGGAGCAGCAUGCAGCGAUUCCUGCAGGAGAUUUCCAAUGCCGACGGACUCAACCACACCGGCGCAGGCUUCGACGGCUACGUCGACCUCGGCCGCGAGCUCUCCAGCCUGCACACUUUGCUCACUGAGCUGGACCAGUCUUGUCUGUCCAAGCUCAGUCCACUUCCGCGGAUCUUACGAGACGUGUCGGCGGCGCUGGCUAACCCAGGGGGCGUGGCUUACCCCGGGAAAGCGUCGGCCUCCUCGCCCGAGCUUCAGCGUUUGGUGUCUCCGCCGCCGCCUCUGUCGCCACCCCUCUCGCCUCCUUUGGUGGCCUGCAAUCCAUCACUAGGCCAGCAGUGUGGCGUCGGACUGGAUGGAGGGCUGGUGGACUUCACCAGACUUCCGUCGCCAACGCCUGAGAACAAAGAUUUGUUCUUCGUCACAAAAGGUUCCAGCCUUCAGCCUGCAUCAGGCUUGCGCGGCUCUCCGGCCCCGAGCUCAUCCUACUCGGAGCCCAAUGAUGAUGCGGCGUUCGGGAGGGCGGAAAUGAGUGCAGAGGGGCGGAGCCUGUCCCUGGUGGAUCUGCAGGACUCCUGCCCCGGCGACACGCUCGACGACAGCCAAUGGCAGCGAAGGGCGGGGCUGCUGCCGCUGUCUUUCCAGAAUCCCGUCUAUCAAAUGUCGUCGCGGCAACCGCAUCGGGCCGAGGUCACGCCCCCCGACAGCCUGGGCGGAGACGAGCGCAACUUGGCUGGCGCCGCCGCGCCCAAACCCGCCUUCCUCACCCAGAUGCAAGUGGGCGUUGCCGGGGGUGUGGCCGGUGAGCGAGGAGAGCGUCUGUCGGCCGUGUCCAGCAGCAGCAGUGGAGAAGAACAAAACAGAAGAGCAUUCUCAGAAAAUGUCACAAGUGGCGCUGCCCCCCCUCGUCAGAACUGUACGGGUCCUCAGCGCCGCAUCGACCAACCUCCACCGCCCUCGUCUGCGCCCCCCCCAGGCCCGCCACGGGGUCGCACGCCGCCCGGCAUGCUCCCACCUCGCCCCGCCUCCGGAAGCAUGAUGUCGUCUAGUCCCGACUGGCCGACCGGCGGACCCUCGAGACUGCGCCAGGCCUCGUCCUCGUCCAAAGGCGACAGUCCUGAAAAACUGCGGCCUGCCAACAAGGCGCCAUCUCCGUGUGCCCUGGAUCGCACGGCCGCCUGGCUUCUCAACAUGAAUUCCACAUCCACCUACGCCGAGACGGAAGAUGAUCAACAUGAUGACGCCCUCAUCGACAAGUACCAGCAGGACAUCGCGUUAUUGCAGGAGAAACUCCGUGUGGCAGCUUUGCGCCAGGAGGAGUGCGAGGCCCACCUCCUAGUUCAGGACCAGCAGAACCAGCGCUUGCUGCAGGAGUACCAGGCUCGGCUAGAGGACACAGAGAGUCGACUGAGGAGGCUGCAGGAUGACAAAGAUCUCCAGAUGAACAGCAUCAUCAGCAGGUUAAUGGCCGUGGAAGAGGAGCUGAAGAAAGAUCAUUCUGAAAUGCAGGCUGUGGUCGACUCCAAACAAAAGAUCAUUGAGGCCCAGGAGAAGAGGAUAGCGAAUCUGGACGCUACCAACACUCGUCUGAUGGCAGCGCUGGCUCAACUGAAGGAGCGUUACGGUGUGACAUCGCAGAGGAACGGCCUGUCACCUAGCAACACAUCAUCCUUGCAGAUCACGGAAAACGGCGAAUUCCGCAAUUGAGUAAUUCAUUAAUUGGUAAUUGUUGAGCGGCAGGCGCGGUGCUGACAACAGGAAGUGGGAGGCUUCACAGCAAGUUGGUGCACACACCUCCUCUCCAAGAUGAACUUUAACCUCCGCUGUCCUUUCCUUUUCAACGUCUGAUACUUCCCGUUUCCAUGCAUGACUUCCUGGUGUGUGUCCAACUGAGGCUUUAAGGAGGAAGUGACUCAACAUUUGUUUUCGAAUGCAGCAGGAAACACAAGGUUUCAAAAUACCGUAAUUUCUCAUGUAUAAUACAUUUUUUGCCAAAUAUUUCUUUAACAAUUGAGGGUUCAUAUUACAGCUACAAGGAAAAUUCAAACAUUUUGUCCCAUUGUAUAAAUGUAUACCGGUAACUAGGGUUUGUGAAAAAGGUACUUUCAUUCCAGUAUGACAUCACAAAUGUGUAGAAUCUAAUUUUCGCUGCUCACAGAGAAUCACAGUGGUUUCUAAGGCGCCGCCAUAUUUAUGUUAUCGUAUCUUUUCCUAUUUAUCUGAUAUAUUCCUCCUACUUUCCAUCGCAAAAAGGUCUCCAGUUGGCUACCUUCAAACAUUUGGCUCAGGAAACUUGACCCUUCUCGGUUCGCUACGGAAACCAGCUCCUUCCGCGAGCUCUCCAGCCGGCAAAAUAACAGCCAGUGGACUAUACACCAACGACCCGACUCAUCCAUCACUGGGGGCUCUGAGGGGAGCCCUCAAGCGUACAGUAAGUACACUACCUUGACUUCAACUGCCAGUAGUGCUUGCUGCCCUCAGAUAGUAAAGCGAGCACCGUGGGCUCCGAAGGGGAAAACAACUCACAUCGUCGCCGGGUUGCACUGGCUGUGCUUUUCUCUUUUCCAAUUUCUUGGGAAAACUUAAAAUACAAAUUACUAUGCGGAUAAUUUUUUUGAGCAUGGAUACCCACAAUUUGAGAGCAGGGACAUAUACAGUAAAUUAGCUGUGAAAGGAUGAUUUUGGUGGUGUGAGUUACACGAGAAAGUACAUCCAGUCACAUCACUUCCAUGAUCAGAACCUCUUAUUUUGAAAAGACAAAUAUUAUUGUUAAUCUUUAAACAAAACUUCAUUUUGAAAUUGUACUGAAACUAAUUCUACAAAACAAACUAGAGGUCCAUGGUGGCGGCCAAUCACAAGCCUCAGUGUGAUGAUCACUGUUGAAAGCUUACAAAUGUGCGGAAAUGCCAGACUUUAGUGGACUUUGUUUGCAUCUUUGUAAAAGCUUUUCUUCUUCUGGAAUUCUCCAACAUGACCGACUCGAAUAAAGUGUGACAGCAUCAAGGAGUCUGCAUUUCAUCUACUUUUGCUUCUUGCCGUUUGAGGCCAGACCACACCCACACACACCCACGAGACCAACAGAGGUCGGUAGACAUGAUUUAUUCAAGGUGUCGAUCAGGAAGUGAUGAAAAUGCGGCCUGCGUUACACAUGUGGCGCCUCCGUGGCUCGCCGUAGGGGGUCUGUGGUCCAAUACCGGCAGUCCCAGCCCAGGAACCAACCUGUGAAGGUGGGCGGUUCGAAUCCCUGCUUGACGGUCACAACUGUAGUGCGCGGGUCUCUGCGGGCCGGGUCGCUCUCUAUGUAUCUCGAGGCUGGAAGACAACAGCAGACAACUUCCUACUUGCUCUCUGGACCACUUCCUGUUUGUCUUACCUGAAGCAAAUGCCUCUGUUUUCUCAUCCUCGUGCGAUUCCUUUCCAAUCCACACAAACACCUACAGGAAGUCAUGAAAACUUGAUUGGUCCAAUGGAAAAAAAAAACAAAUUAAAAUUCUAUAAUUUUCCCAGAAUACAUCCACAGUCCACUAGAAGCAAUAUUUAAAAACAAAACAAACAGCGUGUUUUACAAGACUGCGUUGCUCUCCAGCGUCCAUAUUAGCAGUUCACAAGCAGCAAGGUCAAAAAGUGACCUACGUGCUCCCAGGCAUCUAAGAGCAUGACCUCAUCAGGAGCAAGGUCUUCCUGGGUCAGCUCACCAGGAACUUCCUCCAUCUGGAGACAAGAACAGCACAACUGAUAGCAACUAGCUUGAACAAAGACCCCUUCAGCUUGCGACUGUUCAGACUGACCAGGAAAUUUCCAGUCUUGUAGGAGCAGGCGAACAGACGAGGAGGAUGCGCCGCCAUCUGAGCCUCACAUCGGCGAGACUCACAGUAGUCCUCGUGUCCUCCCAGUGCACACCAGAAAUCCCCUGGAACCACAUUUGCCGCCAUCUUCUUCAUCACAAAGAAAGAGAAAAAGACACCGCCUCACCUUCCUCCUGCCCCUCCUCCACCCGGACGGGGUUCUCGCGCAGGACUCCAGCUAGAUGUCGGGCUCCUCGGACUUCAGCCGAGCUGCUGCCGCGACCUUUCCACAUCCAGCAUCCUGAAGACGACGCCAGCAGGAAGACAUCGCCGGAGUUGAGACUAGAGGACGAUGCCCUCACCUGGCGGGACAGAAUGUUCAAAAACAGGUUUUGGACUGAGUGACGAUUUGAAGGCAGUUGGUGUUCAAGAGGAGGCUGCACAAGACGGGGUUACUUGGAAAAGGAUGACACGCUAUGCCAACCCUAAAGAAAAAGACCAGUUUUUCUGCUCAAGAACAACAGCAGAAGGUGGAGGAUGAAACAGUCGCCAGAGAGCAAGGUUUUCUGGGAGAACGGACUUUGUCGGGCCACCAUCACGACGUCCAAGUCCCCGUCCACGUUGGACACCUGACGACCGACACAGGCAAUCUCUCCUUCACAAUAAAAGCAUUUUGACCAAAUCAGAAGCAGUGUUUUACUUUGAACAGCUUUGCCAAUUUCCUGUCGCGGGCAUCCAUCUUGGCAUCGUCCGGGCGGGCUUCCGGAAGGUCAGGUUUGUGCCCGAGGACCUCAACACAGAUGUCAAAAGGUCAGAGGCCUUCCGGCUGACACAAACAGGAAGCGCUUCUCACCUCCACCAUCUUUUCAGGUUCCGAGCCUUCGUCGCAGAUCAGCAGCGAGGCACGCCCGCAACGCUCGUUAUCACGGAUACGCUUGGACACCUGUCACUCACACAGGGAGGCCCGCCCGCGUGAUGACAUCACUAGUCACCACUGUGACAUCACUAAUCACGACAACUCACCAUGGUGGCCUUCAACUUCUCAAAGUGGUUACUAUGACAACCAGACCACUGGAUGAGCUCCUGGAGGGAAAAAUACUUUAAAGAUCUGUCCUCCCUUCUUCCUUUCUCCCACCCACCUUUCCCAGGUCAAGUAUGAAUGUGUCUCCUGUGUUGAAACUCUCCCAGCUGAGG